AUGCUACUCUAGGGAGCAAAUGGAAAUGUAGAUUAGAUUAUAUUGCCAAAAGGCUUUGAAUCUUAUGAUAAAUUUGAAAGAAAAGCCUUAAAACUGAAGGAAAGUUUAGAGUUAGAGCUUGAAGAGAGAAGAUAAGUAGAUGAUGUGAUAAGUUUUUUCGUAAGUAAAAAUGGAAUGGAUGGAGAAUUGGAUCUGCUUAAUGAUGACAAGUUUUAUUAACCUCUCAAUGAAUAAAAAUAAAAUAUAUAGCAGAUAUCAUCGAGCCAAGCUAAUCUAUAAAAUGCAAAUAUGAAUGAUCCUUUUUCAUAGAUUAUGCAAAGACAUUAAUUGUCACAAUAGCAAACUACCGCUUAACUCAAUUAGUAAAAUUUGAGUCUCCUUUAACAAAAAUAAUAAAUACUCAAUAAUUCACAGUUGAGUACUAAUAGAGACCACAAAUUAGAGACUGAUACUUAGUUUUCAGAGUACUUAAAGCAAUCGACAGAUGAUACUUAAUCUUUAUAUACACCUGGGUAAAGUUAGUCUAAUAAAGAAGAUUCUGAUCUAUCCAAAAAGAUGUUCGCUAAUAGGACUACUGCCUAAAAGAACAAAAAGGAUUUGCAAUCAUUUAUGCGAGAUAAAUUAGCUAAGACUAAGAUUGCAUCUGAAAGCAUGGGAGUAAUAUAGUAAUCAAUAGCUGUAAACAGUUCCAAGAACUUUACUAAAAAAAAGAAAGCAGAUGAUACAGAAAGUUAGGCUGCUAGUUAAACUUCAUCAAUGAUUGAAAAGCAAACCAUUUACAAACCAAAUCUCAAGAAAAAGUAAAGCUCAACUAAUGCAGGAGGUUAAAACACUGCAAUAUCUGUAAGUAAUUAAAAAGCAUAACCUCAGAAAAACGAGAAUAGAGUGACGAGGAAAGAAAGCUAAGUGGGGACUAAGUCUGAUAAUAAAAAUGCAUCAGCAAGUUCCAAUAAAAGAAGCUUAUCUAGGUAAAAUAGCAUAAAGGAUAAUAAACAGGUUUAGCAAAAAUCAUCAUAGCCAACAAAAGCUGAUAAUCAAAAUAAAGGUGAAAGCAAAAAGACUUAAGAUUAAACAAUUUACAAACCAAAUAAUAUGAAAAGCAGAUAAUCAAGUCGACCACCUAUUCCAAAAAGUAAAGAAUAAAAACCGGGGAAUCAAGGUGGCAAUAAUCAGCAAACAAAGUCAAAUAUUUCUACUAAUUCUGUGUCAACUUUAGACUAAAAUUCAGAAUCACUUCCUCAAGGAAACUCAAUUUAAUAAUGGGAAGACUCAACUGAAAGUGGCAUAAACAAAUAAACAGAUUUAGAAAAUGACAUGCUAGGUCAAGAGGAGAUCUAAAGUAAAUAUUCAGAUGGAGGAGAUAGAGACCCAGAUGAUGAAAUGCUAGAUUAUAAGUCUAAUAUUGAGAAUGAAACUUUUGAUAAUCGGAAUCUUCUUAGUAAUUUAGAUUUGAAUCUUGAAAACAUUUAAAUUAAUGACUAACUAGAGCCAAAUUAAAAGGUAAUUAAAGACUAAACCCAUAUGAAGUUGAAUUAAUAGGUAUUUGCUUAGAAUACGAGAGAAGUUUAAAAGCAGACUAAAGUAGAAUCAGACGAAGAAGAGGAAAAAGUAAUGGAUUAUGGAGAUGAGUAAGAUAAUGAUAAUGAUGCUGCUGAAGAAGAUGAUUUUUAUUAGCCUAUUGAUGAUGAAAAAAAUUAGAGUAAAGCUAUGUUUUCAGAUAAUUAAGCGAAACUACAAUAGAUAUUUGAUUACUAGUCAGAAGGUCUAGAUGAAGAUUUUAUCCAGCCUAACCAAUUAAAUGUCAAAAUUGAUAGCUAACAAACGAAAUAAAUAAAUAUAUAAACAAUGCCGUCAUCAACGACUUCUAAAAAGAUAAGAGGAAAAGUAUAAAUUUAUGUUGAUGAAGCAGCAAUUAGUGCUUAAUAAACACCAAUGUCAUAAAAUAGUAAAAUAGAUACAGUCUCUGAAUAACUAAAAUUGCUUGAGUAAUAAGAUCUGGAUCUUGAUGAUUAGUAAAAAUAAGGUUCAAUCAAUAAGACACCAGUUUAAUAGGCUACUAACAAACGAAUGGAAUAGCUGAAAUAGCUCAUGAAUUCAUAGGAUGAUUAGAAGCGUAAGUAAGAAUAAGAGGAUAGGUUGAAAUAAGUAAGAGAGUAAAUGCAAAGAGAUAAAGAGGUUAAGAUCAAAUAAGAGCAAGCUCAGAUAUAAUAGCAAAGAAUUGAACAAGAUCUGAAUUCCUCAACGUUAUAAGAAUCUAAAAAGGAUAACACUAUAGAGUAAAAGAAAAAAGAAGAUAAGAAGUAAAGCUAAAAAAAGGUUCCUAAAAAAACUUAGUAGGUAGCUGUCCCAAAAAUAAUUGCUGAGACAGAAUAGUACAUAGACUAUAGCGGCCAUUAUAAGACGUUUUAUGAUAUAUUUGUUGGCCAGAUACUUGAUCCAAAGAACUUCGAUGUUUCCUUUGUCAUUAGAGAUACUCGUAAUAUGUAUGCAGCUUUUGUUAAUAUAAUGGAUGCUAAUGCUAUUAAUAUGAAGAAAAAAUUUUAAUUUGAAUAAGCUCCAUUAGAGAAAUCCCUUUAAGACUAUUACAAAGGGAUGCCAGAUUUCUUUACAUUAACAGGGAAGAGUGUAAAUGAGCUUGAAUUAGAAAUGAAAAAUCGAGGUAAUGAAAUAAUGAUGUAAGCUAUGGCUUAGUAGUAGUUGAAAAGUAAUUUCUAAUUACUUAAGCAAAAAGAUGUGAAUGACAUUGUCAAAGAGGCGAAUGAAAAAGCAGCAUAAUAUGCUCUUGCUAAUCCAAACUAGAUAAUAGACGAAAACAGAGAAAGCUCAUUGUAUUACAGAGUAGUAAAAAAUAGAUCUGAAGUUUAUGAUAUAAUAUCUAGAGCAUUCUCAAGAAAAAGAAGGUGGAAUGAGCUACCUCACGGACUUGACUUGAGAAAUAGUUGGAAUUUGCUUUGGACAUGGUCUAAGAUUAAGAUUGAUAUAACAAAACUUAUUGUUUGGUAAAAAUGUAAUCAUUUUAGCGGAGCUAAAAAUGUAUCAAGAAAGGAUUUCUUAAAGAGAAAUAUAGAAAGAGCAUAAAAAAUGUCAUCCAAGGCUAAUUAGGUUUUCAAUAUGUUGCCUUUGACAUUUAUUUUGCCAAAAGAAUAUGUUGGCUUCUUAGAGUCAUUUUCAGAAUUUGAAGAUAAAGAAGGAAGGCUAAAUUAUUGGAUAAUGAAACCUGCAGCAAAGUCAAGAGGACGUGGUAUUUCCCUAGUUAAUGAUUUAACUUAGAUUACUUAUGGUGAACCUAUUGUAGUCCAAAGAUAUAUUAAGAAUCCACUUCUAAUAAAUGGCUAUAAAUUUGACAUGCGUAUAUAUGUUUUGGUAACUUCUGUUAACCCAUUGGAAGUAUUUCUUUAUAAAGAGGGCUUUGGUAGAUUUUCUACAAUGCCAUUUUCUUUAGAUCCUACUGACAAAAAUAACAAAUACAUUCAUCUGACGAAUGUUUCCAUUCAAAAAUACAAUGUAAAUAAUAGUGAAUAAGAUCCAACCGACUUACUUUAUGGAGGUACAAAAAUCUCAAUUUAAACAUUAAAGAAGAGAGUAUAACAAGCUGCAAAUGUAAAUUGGGAUGAUCAAAUAUGGCCUUAGAUCAGAGAUGUAGUAUUGAAAUCAAUGGUUGCUUGCCAAAAUGAUAUUCAAUUUAAUCCAUGUUGCUUUGAAUUAUUUGGUUUCGAUAUCCUCAUAGAUUAAGACAUGAAAUGCUGGCUUAUUGAAAUAAAUAGUUCCCCAAGUCUGGCAAGAGAAACUUUACUCGAUGAUAUGAUAAAAUAAAGACUAAUCGAUGAUAUCAUAGACUUGGUAGAUCCUAUAGAUUUUGACCGAAAAAGAUUAUUUGAAGUUCUUGAAAGAAGAAUCAAUGAGGACUUCAAAUAAAGUACUACUUCAAAUGCUUACUCUAAAAGACUAAUGAAUAGAGACCUUACUUAUAUAUUAAAUGGGCAAGUUCCAAGGAAAUAUGGGGAAAUGCCGAAAAUAAUGGGCAACUUUGAAAGAAUAGCUCCAUCCCCUUAAUCUGAGUAAUAUAUGAAGUUGAUUGGAGGGCAAAAGAUGUUUGGUAGCAUGAUGAAAAUGUAAGGAGAAUCCGAGCAACUAGUUAAUAAAAGUAAUAAUCAUUAGAAAUAAUGA